AUGUCGACGGAAUCCACACAGUCGCAGGCAUGCUGCAACACACCCGCUGUAGUCAGCGAGGGAUACCAACCAAAGGGCGAUUACAUUGAGGCAGAUGGACUGAAGACUUACCAAACCGGCCCCAAGGACGCAAAGCAAGGAAUCCUAGUUGUCUACGACAUCUUCGGAUUCUUCAACCAAACACUCCAAGGUGCUGAUAUCUUGGCUUACACCGACAGCCAGAAGUACCAGGUCUUUAUGCCCGACUUCUUCGACGGCAAGCCAGCCGACAUCUCCUGGAUGCCCCCGGACACCAAGGAGAAGGAGCAGAAGAUGGGCGAGUUCUUCCAGUCGCAGGCUGCGCCACCCAAGACUUUGCCGCGCAUUCCGAAGAUUGUUGAUGAGCUCACCCAGAAGUACGGAAUUGAGAAGUGGGCUAUCAUUGGCUUCUGCUGGGGCGGAAAGAUUGUCAACUUGUCUUCCAUGGAAGGCACAAAGUUCAAGGUCGCAGCAGCAUGCCACCCCGCCAUGGUUGCCGGCGACGACGCCCCCGGCAUCAAAAUCCCCUACAUCAUGCUUCCAUCAGGCGACGAGUCGAAGGAUGACGUCAAGAAGUGGCAGGAGGGUAUCAAGGUUCCUCACGUGGUUGAGUGGUUCCCAGACCAGAUCCACGGGUGGAUGGCGGCGCGCAGUGACCUUUCGCAGGAGAAGGUCAGGAAGGAGUAUGAGCGCGGAUACAAGAUGGUGUUGGACUUCUUCCACAAGCACAUGGGUUCUGAGGCGAAGCUCUAG